AACUACCAAUUGCUGGGGGCUGCUGCUUUCACAGGUCACCCGAGAUGGAUCUAGGAAGGAUGGAUACUCACAGCCCUGGGUAUAUAGUGGCACGAUCUGUCUACUCUGAACCAAGUUUCCAAGAUGAAAAUGAAAAGAAGGAAAUUGUGAAGAAGACCAUAAAGGAACGGCUGCAAAAGAGUUGCAGCUGUACAACUAAAAGGGCUCUUACGAUUGUCAAGUCAUUUUUCCCGAUCCUGGACUGGCUGCCUCAGUACAGAUGGAAGGAAUGGUUUGUUAGUGACCUUAUUUCUGGAGUCAGCACAGGUCUUGUGGGCACACUGCAAGGUCUGGCUUUCGCAUUACUUGCUUCUGUUCCCGUCGGCUAUGGUCUCUACUCAUCUUUCUUCCCCAUUCUCACAUACUUUUUCUUGGGAACAUCAAAACAUAUCUCAGUUGGACCAUUUCCUGUAGUCAGCUUGAUGGUGGGAUCAGUUGUUCUUUCUAUGGCUCCUGAUGAAAAAUUUCUAAUCCCAAGUAACACAACUGGACUAAACAAGACUGUGAUAGACAUAGUAGCCAGAGAUGCAGCCAGAGUUGUUGUCUCAGGAACUCUGAGUUUCCUAAUUGGAAUCCUUCAGCUUGCCUUUGGAAUCUUUCAGGUUGGCUUCAUUGUCAGGUACCUGGCUGACCCUUUAGUAGGUGGUUUCACCACAGCAGCAGCUUUUCAAGUGUUUGUCUCCCAAGUCAAAAUAGUGCUCAAUGUACCUACCAAGAACUACAAUGGAGUACUCUCUAUAAUAUAUACAAUUAUAGAUAUAUUUAGAAAUAUUGGACAAACCAACAUUGCUGAUAUGAUAGCUGGGCUCCUGACUUUAUUUGUGUGUGUGGUGGUUAAAGAAAUAAACGAUCGCUACAAACACAUACUUCGUGUACCUAUCCCUAUAGAAGUAUUGGUGACCAUAGUGGCUACGGGGAUUUCAUAUGGAGUUAACCUGGCACAGAAAUACAAUGCAGGCAUUGUGAAAACAAUUCCUAGUGGUUUUAUCCCCCCCAUGAAUCCAGAUGUAAGCAUGUUUCCUGAAAUGAUUAGCUCAGCAUUUUCUAUUGGUAUAGUGGCCUAUGCUGUGGCUGUAUCUGUGGGCAAGGUGUAUGCCACCAAAUACAACUAUGCAAUCGAUGGCAAUCAGGAGUUCAUUGCAUUUGGGAUCAGCAACUUGUUCUGUGGGGCUUUCUCUUGCUUUUGUGCCACUACUGCUUUGUCACGUACAGCUGUCCAGGAAAGUACGGGUGGAAAAACUCAGAUUGCUGGAAUCAUUUCAGCCUUCAUUGUGCUAAUCGCAAUAGUAGCACUUGGCCGACUCCUCGAACCUUUGCAGAAAUCAGUACUGGCUGCUAUAGUUAUUGCAAAUCUUAAGGGAAUGUUCUGGCAAGUGUUUGAUGUACCGCGUUUAUGGAAACAAAAUAAAUGGGACUCAGCCAUUUGGGUGUUCUCCUGCAUUGCUUCCAUCAUACUAGGGCUUGAUCUGGGACUAUUGGCUGGAUUAAUUUUUGGACUAUUGACUCUUGUCCUUCGAGUUCAGUUCCCAUCUUGUGGUGGUCUUGGAAAUAUGCCUGGAACAGACCUGUAUAAGGAGGUCAAAAAGUACAAGACUGCCGUUGAACCAGAAGGGAUUAAAAUUGUUCGAUUUGCUAGUGGUAUCUUCUAUGGGAAUAUUGACGGUUUCAAAAAUGGCAUCAAGAAAAUUGUUGGAUUUGACUGUGUCAGAGUUUUUACCAAAAGGACCAAAGCUCUGCGGCAGAUUAACCAACUUAUCAAGAAAGGACAGCUAAGAGCAACAAAGAAUGGUAUCAUCAGUGAUGCUGGUACUGAUAAUAAUGCAUUUGAGCCAGAUGAUGAGCUGGAAGAGCCUGAAUCAGAACAGAAUGGGGGAAUACAAUUGAAAGAAGUUGAGGUCCAAGUUGACUGGAGUUCAGAACUACCUGUGAAAGUCAAUGUCCCAAAAGUUUCUAUACACAGCCUUAUUUUUGACUUUGGCCAGAUUUCUUUCGUUGAUGUGGUGGCUGUAAGAUCUCUGAAAGUGAUAUACAAAGAAUUCAAGAGGAUUGAUGUAGAUGUCUAUAUUGCAGCAUGCGAUGAUCACGUUUACAAAAAAAUGGAAGAAUGUUUAUUUUUUGAUGACCAAAUUAAGCCAGACAUCUUCUUCUUAAGUGUUCAUGAUGCUGUGCUAUACAUAGAGAACCACAGGAAGUACAGCGAUGGACAUGAUCCAUUACUGGAGAAGAUUUCACUUAUGCAGGAGUCUAAAGACCCAUUGGAUUUCACUGAUAUUGAGCCAGUAAAUCAGGAGCUGGAUGCCCAAGAAGAGGCUCUCAGAAGACUUGCAUCAUGAACAAAAUCCUGGAUCUUCUAUCUCUGUGGGAGCAGUAUUUGCCUUCUUGUAUUUUCCUGAACUUCGUCUGGAACUCAGUUUGCCAGUUAAUUACUGAUUUCAGUGUACAAACAUUUUGCUGCUCCCCAUAGAUUGUAAUGUUGUGGUAAUGGGUGUGGUAUUGUAUAUGGUAGUAUUUAAUUCAACCUACAUCUAAGCUUACAAAUGACAGAUAAGUGAUGCAAACCAAAUCCAUGCAUAUUCCUUAACACCACCAUCAUUCCGAUGAGAAUGUGCUUUGAUCAGGUACAUAGAACGUGACGUGCAAUAUCCCAUAGCUGGGAAGGAAUAUAUCAAUAACG